ACAGCAUGCCAAAAGCACAGUUACACAAUCCGAGGUGAAAUUACAAGCAUCCCAGGCUGUUUUGGGUUUCACUUCCUCAUGGAAAGACCCGAUAACGAGCCAGUACAGUGUUCAGUGUUUUUCCUCUCUUCAGAAAACUGUUUGAGACAAGACUAGAUCACUCUUCUAACAGUCCGAGAGACAUGUUCGGUUAAUAUCCUGGUCUUAGAGAAAAGUUUAAUUAAUAUCCUGUUGUACGCUAUUUUCAACAGUUUCAUAAGCAAUAGGAGUUUGUUUUAAUGGAGAGCUGUGGUUCCCAAGUUUUUCCACAGCGCUUUAGGAGAGUGCCCAUAAGAACAAUGUAAUCAACACGUUUUUGAAGGAGAUAAAUAUGCACACAGGAGACAAUUGUGAAAUCUCUGCUUUAUCUUCAUGAAAUGAAACCAUUCCGCUAUUGAAUUCCCCCUACUCUCUUCCAGUAAAAGCUGAAGUCCAGCUGCAUGCAUAUUAUGGGCUCCAGUGCCGAAAAAGUCUGUGCUGGACUAAUGGGCCAUGUGUCCACUGUCCAACUGUUCACCUUGCACCGUGAGCUACUGGUCUCCCAGGUGAAGAGCACGCAGUGCAUUCUGGAUAACCUCCUACAAAGUGGCUUUCUGUGUUUUGAGGAUACAGAAAUCAUCCAGCGCUCAGCCACCAAGACAGACCAGGUGCGUAAAAUGCUGGAAUUGGUCCAAAGCAAAGGGGAGCAGGCAUGUGAAUACUUCCUAUAUAUUCUCUACAAAGUUUAUGAUGCAUACAUAGACCUCCAACCAUGGCUUAAAGAGAUCAACUACCAGCCACCAGACUUCAUACGGGACAUACCAGUGAAGAACACGGACCCUAUUAGUAGGUACUGUGAGAAGCUGAGGCACGAGCUGGGCCGAGACACAUUCUUCAUUGCAUCCUACGCCCAGCAAGAAGAAACCCUGCUGGAGGAGCUCUAUACAGACACCCUGAUGGAGCUCCUGAAUGACCGCAAUGAGAGCCUGGGCCACCUGGAGGGUCUGGAGCAGCUCCUGGGAGAACAGGGUGUCUUUAACCCACAGGCAGAGACGGUGCUCAUCACGGGGGACGCUGGGGUGGGCAAGUCCAUCCUCCUCCAGAAGCUCCAGAGGCUGUGGUCCAAUAGGGAGCUGGAACAGACAGACGCCAUGUUCUUCUUCAAGUUCCGCUGUAGGAUGUUCAGCACAUUCAAGGAGACAGACGAGAUCUCACUCAGGGACCUGCUUUUCAAAUACAACUGCUACCCCGACCAAGAUGCAGACAAUGAGGUGUUUAGCUACAUCGUCCGCUUCCCCGAAAAGGUUCUCUUUACAUUUGACGGCUAUGAUGAGAUCCAGGCUGAUCUGGACCUGGAGAACAUGCCUGAGGUGGUUUCUCCAGAGGAGAAGAUUCACCCUCUUCUGGUGCUCAUUAACCUGCUCUGUGGGAAGCUGCUCAGUGGUUCCCGGAAGGUCCUCACGGCUCGGACAGGCACCGAGGUCCAGAGCAGGGUGAUCCGGAAGAGGGUGGCACUGCGUGGGUUCUCUCCGGCCCACCUUCAAACCUACACCAACCUACACUUCAAAGAGCAGGAGCACAGGGACCUGGUCUCAGUCCAGCUGGAUGCCAGCCCCGACCUCUGUGGCCUCUGCUCCAUCCCCCUCUUCUGCUGGAUCGUCUUCAAGAGCUUUAAACACCUGCACUCAGUCUACGAUGACUUUGAGUUGCCAGAGGCUUGCGUGACCCUCACUAACAUAUUCCUUCUUCUUUCUGAAGUCUUCUUCAGCCGGGGGGCUGCUCCCCCACCGGGCCUCCUGACGAGAAACACCAGGUGCCCCGCUGAUACCUUCAGGGCAGGGUUGAGGCCACUGACAGCCUUCUCGAAGCUGGCUCUGCUGGGCACGGAGAGAGGAGGCUUUGUGUUCGACCAGGAGGAGGUGACCUCCUGUGGCCUGAAUGAGGAGGACUUUCAGGUGGGUUUCCUCCGAUCGGUCAGCCGCUACGAUGCCUGUGGAAACCCUUCUACCUUUGAGUUCUUUCAUCUCACCCUACAGUCCUUCUUGGCUGCAUUCUCCCUGGUUCUGGAUGAACAGGCCAGCGUCGGCAACAUCCUCAAGUUCUUCACUGAGUGCAGCAGGAGGGACAACACAUCUUGUUUAUCAUAUGUCUUCCCCUGCAUCGGUGGCUCCUCCAAACCCAGGGGAAAGGACCCGUUCAAGACCAACGAGCAUCUCCAGUACGCCAACCUCUUCCUGUGUGGACUGCUGUCUAAGGCCAAUGCCGGCCUGCUGGAGCACAUGGUUCCUCCAUCGCUACUGAAGAGAAAGCGGGCGGUCCUCAAGUCCUACCUGUUCACCAGCGUGAGGUCCCACCUCCACGGUCUGCCACUCCACAGCACAGAGCAGGAGGGCAGCAAGGUGCAUGUCCUGCCCAACUUCCUGUGGAUGCUGCGCUGCAUUUUCGAGACAGGAAGUAAAGAGGUGGCCCAGCUGACUGCGAAGGGAAUCACAGCUGACUACAUCAAGCUGGGCUACUGUAAUGUGUCCUCUGGCGACUGCAGUGCCCUCAACUUUGUGCUGCAGCACCGGCGGAAGAGGCUAGGGGUGGACAUGGACAACAACAACAUCAGUGACUAUGGGGUCAAGCAGCUUAGGCCUUCAUUCAGUAAGAUGACCGUGGUGAGGUUAUGUGUCAAUCAGAUCUCAGACAGCAGCAUUGAAGUACUGGCUGAGGAGCUUAUCAAAUACAGAGUGGUGGAGGUUCUGGGACUUUACAAUAAUCUCAUUACUGACAUCGGAGCCAAGCUAAUUGCUCAUAUCAUUGAGGAAUGUCCUAAGUUAAGAGUCGUCAAGGUUGGCAGCAACAAGUUCACCAGUGUGGGUGGCAGGUAUCUGGCCAGUGCCAUUCAGAAGAGCACAUCUAUCUUUGACGUGGGAAUGUGGGAGAACAGCAUUGGUGAUGAAGGAGCAAGAGCAUUCACAGAGGCCCUGAGGAAUCACCCAAGUCUUACCAACCUCUGUCUCUCAGCCAAUGGCAUCACUUCAGAAGGUGGGCGGAGCUUGGCCAAAGCACUGAAAGACAAUAGAGGGCUCCGAAUUUUCUGGUUGGUGCAAAACGAGUUGUCAGAUGAUGUAGCACCAGACAUGGCAGAGCUGAUCAGAUCCAACACGGGUCUAUCUCACCUCUGGUUAAUCAAUAAUCAGCUGACAGUGGAUGGAAUCAGACAGCUGUCAGAGGCUCUCUCCCACAACACAUCACUUAAAGAGAUCUGUUUGAAAGGAAACUGUCUUUCUGAAGAGGAAGAGAAGCUGUUUGAGGCUGAGGGAAGGCUACGCUUCCACUGAGGAGACAGAACUGAGCUGGAGCGUGUGUGUGUGUGUGUGUGUGUGUGUGUGCGCACAUGUACAUUGGUCUUAGAGGGUCUUUGUUUGUUUUGCACAUACUACAUUAUACUACAAUAUUUUUACAUACUGUAUAUGUACAGUGCAUUUGGAAAGUAUUCAGACCCCUUGACUUUUUACACAUUUUGUUACUUUACAGCCUUAUUCUAAAACUGAUU